AUGUCGAUUAAUCAAUCGGGGGAGGAUGAGAAGGCGGCCCUUCUAUCGUCGAGCCCUGAUUCGACGCAUCACCACCACCAUCGCGAUACGUCGCUCGACAAUCUGCUGAUUAAGGAUGAUCGCACCUUCCUGCAGCGUACGUGGGAUGAUACGCGAAAACGCUUCACCCCCGAGCACGAGUUCAUGUGGUACGUCCGGUACUACGCCAAUCCGAAGCACUCGUUCCUCCUUCUCUUGACGGCGGCCCUCAUCCUCGUCGGCACGGCCAAUCGCGUCUUCUUCAAGAAGAUGUUGAUCCCCAUGGUCAACUACCCCUACUUCAUCUCUCAGCUCUCCACCACGGUGUACAUCCCGAUUUUCUGGCCGGUCGUGUGGGCCUUGAUGCUCUUCACCUCCCGAAUCACCCCCGAGAUGCGCCAGUUCCCCCUCUGGAAGUUCCUCGUCAUGGGCGCCCUCGAUGCCACUGCCGGUGUGCUGAUGAUUUUCGGAGGCAACCAAACUUCGGGAGCCAUGCAACAGCUGCUGAUUCAAGGUGUGAUCCCGUUCACGAUGUUCUUCUCGUGGCUCGUGUCGAAUCCGCUCGUCGCCCGAAUCCUCAGGGAGAAGCUCAACGUGCGGUAUCGCUGGGGCCACUACUUGGGUGCGUUCGUGAUCAUUGCGGGUAUCGUCGUGGCCCUCCUCCACGCCUUCCUCGGUUCCAACGGAGCCGCCGGCAACACCGUCUUCGGCAUCAUCGUCUUCUUCCUCAGCGCCACCCCCACCGCCUUUUCUGGCGUGUACAAAGAAAUUGCGUUCAAGGGCGCAGAUCUGGAUAUUUACUACGUCAACGCGUGGGUGUGUGUCUUCCAGUUCCUCGUCGGUCUUCUCUUCCUGCCGAUCACGGCCAUCCCCGGCUUCGGCGGCCUCACCUUCUCCGAGAUCCCCGAUAACCUCGAGGACGGCGCCCGAUGUCUGUUCACGGGACACAAUUCGAUCACCACGGGAAAGAAUGUCGAUGACUGCGAGUGGGCCUGGACCAUGACGCUCGGUUACAUCAUUGCCAACAUCGCCUACAACAUCGUCAUCUUGCUCAUGCUCAAGUAUGGCUCGGCUGCGCUUCUCUACGUGGCGUCGGCUGUGGUCCUGCCGCUGGCCAACAUCGCGUUCACGCUCGACUUCAUUAUGGGCAAGGAGGCCACCACGCUGUCGCCCUACGAUAUCGCCGGUCUCGUGGUCAUCCUCAUCGGUCUCGUCAUCUACCGCUCCACCAGCGAGCAGGCGCCGCCCACCACCUCCGCCGACGGCGUCGUCAGCGACGAGAAGCGCGAAGUGACGCACGUGCCGGUAGGCGGUUUCAUGUCCGGCCAACCCGAGGCCUUCCCGACCGCCGUCGUCGUCAAGGCCGAGCACAUGCCCCGUUCUGUCACCCAGAUCAGGGGUGGGUACAUGUCUCGCCUCGGCAUGGCCCAGCCGGGCGCCCGACGAGCGCAAACGUUGUACGUCAACCCGAAGACCAACCGCCUCCUCAGCGUCAACGAGGACGACGACGUUCCACGCCCGUGA